AUGGCGUCUACAAAUAUCUUUGACCUUCUCAACGACGACGCUCAGGAUCAGGAGAUCCAGAUCCCUGUUGUCAAGAAGGAUGUGAAGCCCGCUGCGGCCAAGCCCGCUGCUGCUGCCACCAAGACCGCUGAGAAGGCCCCCCGCAAGGAUGGUGCCCGCGGUGGCAAGCCCAGAGACGGUGAUGACCGUGCUCCCCGUGGCCCCCGUUUCGACCGCACUCCCCGUGACGGUGCUGCUCCCCGUGCCCCCCGUGCCCCCCGCGCUUCCCGCGGUGGUCGCCACGGUGGUUUCGACCGCCACUCCGGCACCGGCAUUGUUGACUCCGAGAAGAAGGAGAACAACCGUCUCGGUGAGCCCGCUGCUUCCUCCCUCGAGGGUGAGAAGGACGCUCAGGUGAGCGCUGAGGCCCCCGUCGUCGCCGCUGAGCCCGUCGAGCCUGAGCCUGUUGUCAAGACCUUUGACGACUUCCUGGCCGAGAAGGCCGCCAAGGCCCUCAAGCUUGCCCUCCCCGAGACCCGUGCCGCCAACGCUGGAUCGGACAACUCCCAGUGGAAGAACGCCCAGGUCCUCGAGGUUGAGGAGACUGGUGAUUUCAUCAAGAUGAAGGCCGACUCUGUUGCCAAGGCCCGCAAGGGUAAGAAGGAGACCAAGGUCGUGAUCAAGGAGAUUGAGGUCCGCUACACCGAGCCCGCCCGUGAGCAGCCCGCCCCCCGCGGUGCUUUCCGUGGUGGCCGUGGUGGUGCUACCCGCGGUGCCCGUGGUGGUAACACCCAGGCUCCCCGUGCCCCCCGUGCUCCCCGUGGUGCCUCCGUUAACGUUGACGACACCGAGCUCUUCCCUUCCCUCGGCUCCAAGUAA